AUGUCUGGGGCUGUAGCCAUGGAUCCCUCAGGCGGCAAAUUGGCGCCCGGAGCUCGACUAAGUUGCGAACUAUGCUCUCAAAGGAAGAAGCGUUGCGAUAAAUUGAACCCAUGCUCAUAUUGCCAGCGCCAAGGUGCAGUAUGCAAGCCCGUAGUGCGCCCGCGUCUGCCACGCGGAAAGCAUCGGGUGAGCAAGGAUGGACCGUCGGCAGAAAGUGACAGCGAUUUAAGGGCCCGCGUAGCAAGGCUCGAAUGGCUUCUCCGGUGCCGAGAACAGGAAGAAGGUGGCGUUGGCUUGAAUAAAAGCCCACUGAGAUCAAUAGAAAAGUCUGCCCCUUCCCCCGCAGCAUCUGGAAAUGCAGAGAAUGGUCCACGUGCCAGCGAGGCUGAUCGUAAGAAAAGGAAUCAAUAUAUUGGCGGCUCGUUCUGGAACGAUGUGAUGGGCCAGAAUAUUGAUUGUUCUAGGAACCCCCUCAAGUCGGAAAAUCAUAUCCUCUCAUCUGUACUGCUAAGUCCUGCUGACUCUGAUGGAAUGAGCUCGAGUGGCAUCCAUGACCCUUCGUCUUUUACGGUCCAGAGAAGCUUAGUCGAAGUCUUCCUGUCUCGAAUCGAUCCAGUAUUCAAGAUUAUACAUCAACCUUCCCUCAGGGCGUAUCUAUUAGAGGGCAAGCAGUACCUUGACUAUGAACGAGGACAUCAUGCUCCGAAUACACUCGCGUCUGCUAUCUACUAUGCAGCUGUUUGUAUCCUGAACGACCAAGAAUGUAACUUGCUUUUCCAAGAGCCCAAAUCUGCAGUAGUCGCGAGGUAUCGGAGGGUCUGCGAUGUGGCGCUAUUUCGGGCGGACUUUAUGACAACAAAUGAUUUAACUGUUCUCCAGGCCUUCAUGAUAUCAUUGCUUUCAUAUCGGCUUUUGGAUCAAGGCCGACGUGUAUGGACAAUGCUGAGCAUGGCACUGAGAGUUGGUCAAGCGUUGUUCCUCCACAUCGUGAAUCCGCCCUUCGAAAUCCGACCGCUCGAGAUGGAAUUGCGCAGACGCGUCUGGCAUGCGAUCGGCAUUCUGGAUGCCCAGUCGUCCCUCGACAGAGCCACGGAGCCAAUGAUCAUACCCGCUUGGCUCGAGCAAAACACGCCUUCCAACAUUAACGACGGUGACAUCGGCUUUUUCACUGACGAACCCCCGCUAGAAAAUGGUGGGUUCACCGACAUGACAUUCAAUUUGCUAGUUUUAAAAGCCCACAAAACCAUGCGAACUCUCAAUUUUUCCCGUUGGACACAGCAUGGGGUGAUGGACAUGGAAGACCGACAGACCCUCGUGAUUGAGUUUCAGAAAGAAGCAAUAAGGCUGGUUUCGGGCUGUUCUCCAGACACGAGUCCACUCCAGUGGCUUGCUGUUAAGACAGCGGAAUGCUUGAUUGCUUCAUUGCAGCUGGUAGCCCUAAGGCCGCUGCAACGGGAUCCGGAUUUCACACCCCCGCAGGUCAAGAACCAUGGUCUCCUGAAACUGUGCAUAGACAUUCUGCAAAGAACACAACAGCUCUCCGAUGACCCUCACGUAGCUCCAUGGCGCUGGUUUCAGGAGUUAUGGGCUCCGUGGCAUCCUCUGUCGGUCGCUCUAGCCGAAAUUUGUGUUUGUGACGAUCUUUCCGUGAUGGAGACGUAUUGGCCUGUCGUGGAACACUCAUUUCAUGUCGUUGGACCUGCCGUUGCGGAUUCCAAAGAAGGGAUGUUGUGGAAGCCGAUCGAUAAAUUGAUGAAGCAGGCUGAAUCAAAGAGAGAAUUCCUCAUGAAGAUCCCACAGCAGCAACAGCAUCUCCAUUCAGCGAGCCAAAUCACCCAGACCAGCCAACCACAAGACGUUCAAAUGAGCGCAGUCUCUGAUACACCUAGCGCUGCCGACAAGAGUCUACCUGCCAUCGAGGUCAAUGGGCAAAGCACUGAAGGCUUCGUCCCGUCGAACGACAUAUGGGACUUAUUAAACUUUGAAGACUGGACAGAAGACCUUGGCCAAAACUCCUGGUCUAGUUUUACGAGCUUCCUCGAUGAGUUGUAUGAGGCCGAUGACUCAAUUUUGACCUUUGGCUGA